AUGUGGUGGGAAUGGGGUACUGUGCGGCGGCAGACGAUAGAGUUGUUGUUGGGCCCCACCGCCGAGCAGCGGCAUCAUCAGCUGCAGCACCGAGAUCAGAAGCAGGCGUACGAGACCUUCAUGACGAUGUCUGCCAGCGCCGCUAGUGAACCGCGUCGCAGUGGUGGCAGCGAGUCUCCUGACUCUUCCCCGCCUGCUACUGUGGGCGUGGCUUCCGCUGGGGGGCGGCACCGCAACCACGAAUACGCCACUCUCCGCAAACACUUCCAGCGCAUCCCGCAUAUGUUCCUUAACAUGGAGUUCUACUUUGCCAUCACUGCACUGGGCCUCUUCGAUCAUCUCAUCGGGCUGCUGCUGUUGCCGCUGAAGGUGCUCACACUGUGGCGACGGUGCGAACUGCGCGACAUCAUUGCACUGCUUGUGCUCACCAUAGUGCUAGGUAGCUACUGGGUUGCGGGUCUGGCGACGACGCAGCUGUACUCCUACCUCUACCACGCUGUGCGACGCACGUCGUUCAUCAAGGUCGUCAUGAUCUUCGGCAUCCUCGACGUGGUGGACAAGAUCCUCUCAUCCUUCUCGCAGGACUCGCUCGAGGUGCUCUACACCGCCGUCGACGACGAGUACUCCUACUACUGCGCUCGCCGCCGCCAGGCCAAACCACCUGCAGCAAGCACACCUACGAAGAGGGCAGCGUCUGGGAGGGGGUAUGCCGGCUGCGAUGACGUCGGCACCGCCGCCGCUAGCCAGCACACGCCUCCAUCGCGGUGGCUUCUCGCCGGCAGCGGGGUCGUCGCCUGCCUCAGCACCUCCUGCCACUCUCUUUCCCUCCUACUGCACGUCGUCACGCUAAACGUCGCGAUUAACGCGGAGGGAAAUUCGCUCCUGGCGCUGCUGGUCGCCAACAACUUCACUGAGCUGAAGGGUGUUCUAUUCAAGAAGAAUACGCCGGAGUCGCUCCACGGUGUGUCCUCCCUUGACGCGCUGGAGCGCAUGCAGUACAUCGUCUUCUUCUUCGUAAUGCUGCUCCAACACAUGCACGAGCGCUUCACCGACUUCGCUAUCGCAGACGUCUGCAUCAUCCUCUGCGUCGAGGUGGCCAUCGACUUCGUCAAGCACCUCUUUGUCUUUCGCUUCAACGGCAUUCCGCCUUCGAUGUCCCGUGCCUACUCGCAGCUGGCGUUGCUGGACCUGAGUUGUGAAACAGUGCUAUGGCGGCUGCCGUCGUUGGAAGUGGUGGUGAGCGGGCCGAGCAGCAGUGUCGCAACGCGCAUGGAAGAAGCGGCUGAGCUGCUCACACCGGCCCACGGCUUUGCCCCCAAGCACGUCAAGCGGGCUGGCUUCGACGCCAUCGCGUAUGCGGCGCUGCUUCUGUGGAGCUGUGAGCGAGUGGCGGGUUACCUCUUGCUGCAGGCACCUCUGGUGUGCGUCUUGCUCGUGCUGAUCCUCGCCCUACUGAAGGUCAUGCUGUCCAGCAUCGUCUACGGCGUGUGCGCGCGCUUCACCCUACGGUCGUUGGUGGUGGUCCCGCCCUCUUGGCCGCCGUCACCAUCGCAAGGCUCUGUCCCUCCGCCUCUCAACGGCGCCAGCCAGCGAACGAGCGUGUCUCUGACGAGUCCACUGGUCUCUGCGUGUGGUGUUCGGUUGGGAGUUUCGCCGAUCAACACGCCGCACGCGACGCCCAUCGGCGGUAGCCGCCACUUUCAGAUUGAUGCGGCGACAUUCCUCCCUGCGAACAGCAAGAGUGGCCCAGAGGCGGUGCGCACGCUGGUGCAGCUGACACCACUUCUACUGGCUCUGUUGAAAGCAAAUCGCUUUGACCUACACGCUGGUAAGGCAAAGCGCAGCCACUGA